CUCACCUUCUAGAACUCUUUCCAGCAGUAAAGAUGCGGAAGAUCAACUUUAUGACAAACUCAUUCCUUCAACUAUCAGGGAUGAUUACCCAGCUGCUGACAGCAAAACAAGCAUCUCCAAAACUGAGACUGUGAUAGUAAAAAGUGGCAAAAACAAUGAUGAUGAGGACAAUUUCUAUGAUACAUACAGGUCCAGGUCCAGAGAUAAUGCCACAGACAACAAAACAACUGUCUCUAGUACUGAGAGUGUGACAGUGAGAAAUGGCAUGAGUGGAGAUGGCACUAUAACUUCAACCAAAACAAGGACAGCCUCUAAACCUGAAGAUGAGCUGUAUGGCACUCUCUUACCAAGCGGUAUUACAUCAAGCGUCAAAUCUUCUACAGUCAGCAAAUCAAGCGUCUCAAAGAGAGAGGUCAUCACAGUGGAGAGCAGCAGAAGCUCAUACUCUGAUCUUUCCUCCAUUGGCACCACCACCUCCUACAGCAUCAGUAGCAAGCCCAGCACUGACAGUAAAACCUACUCCUACUCCAGACCAGACACCAGCUAUGAGUACAGCAGUGUCACCAGUCCCUCUGUCUACACCUCAUCAUCAUACAGAAGUAGCAGCAGGUCAGAAGACAUGCCAGAUUCAGUCUUCUCUAAAUCCUCCAGCAAGAGUGUGUACGGAGCUCCUGAUAGGCUGGUUCUUGAGAAAGACUUGUGCACUUACUGCCGUAAGCCCUUCACCGCAGAUGCCAAGAUGGUCCUGGAGGACUUGAGCAUCAACUGCCAUGCUUCCUGCUUUAAAUGUGGGGUGUGUAACAGCUCUCUGAGCCAUCUGAAAGCUGGGGACAGCAUGUGGGUCUACAAACGCAUGGUGCACUGUGAGAACUGCUUUGAGAUCACCAGAGAUAAAUGGAGACGCUAAGUUUCUCCCCAGCAUUCACUGGAGGUCUAGCAUAUGUGAUUAAAGGUGAAAUGGAAUACUGUUUAUCAGUCCUUUUUGGGUGACACUGGUUCUGCUGUACUUUGAUUUUGAUAUAAUUACAAUUCUUUUCUGGUCUUUCCU